AUGAACGACGGCGAAAGCGAUGGAUCGUGCCAACUUUUGGGCUCGGUUUCUUUGAUAAUACAAGGGUUUAUGGGGGCCACUGCAAUAGGGGGACUUCUGAUAAAAAGACAGUACGAACGGCCUCGAAGGACUUGGACUGUGUGGACUUACGACAUCGGAAAACAAGUUUUAGGGUCUUUAGGAACCCAUUUUUUGAACUUGAUUGCAAGCAUUUUGCUGAAGCGGGGCAAAAAAGUGCUGCUGAUGUUUCUCGAAAAUGCGCCAAACACGGGCGGUGAUGACCAGUGCGAUUUGUAUUUCUUAAAUCUGCUUAUGGACACCACUGUUGGCAUACCAAUUCUGUGGUUUGUUUUGCACUACACAGAAAGUGUGCUGCUUAGCCUUGGCGUCAAGAACAUCAAGAGCGGGAAGUACUACGUGGAGGAUGACCCGAUGGACUUAGAAUUGGAGAAUACACCACCACCAGGGCAUUUGGAGCGGAAUACUCCUGAGGGUCCACUUUUCUCUGCGUUCUUGAAGCAACUGGCGGUUUUCAUUUGGGGCCUGGUUUGCAUGAAACUAGCACUUUUCUUGCUUCUAGUGUACUUCAAGGAUCUGGCGAACUGGUUCGCGGAUUUUGUACUCGGAUGGUCCGAUCCAUGGCCCAAUUUCCAAGUUUUUCUGGUGAUGUUUGCGUUUCCUGUUGUACUGAAUCUUUUGCAGUAUUUUUGCGUCGACAGCAUAAUUAAGUUACACCCGUCGUUGCGAUCGAGGCCCCGGGGGCCGCCCAAAUACGGUGCGGUGUGA